CGUUGGUCUGUCUGUCUGUCUGUCGUGUGAACCGGAUGACUGAGAAUGAAGACAUUUGGCACCAUGUGGUAUCGAUCGUCGAUGCUCCAGGAAUAUUAUGGUCAGGUGUUCGUGUCAUCACAUGCGAACAUGGCACAGGAAGCUCAGUCCUCCGCCCGUCCGCGCGGAUUGAUGAACGGAACGGUCACCUCCCACCACAGCUCUAUUGCUAGAGGCUGUGGCGGUGCCUAACCAUUCCAUUCGACAAUCCGCACGUACGAGGAAUUUUGCUUCCGAGAACUUGUGCACGCACGUCGUGUUUGCUUCAAACCAUCAUGCAGCAAAUCACGUCAUGUACGGUGACUGCACUCCUCUCUCUCUGUGUACACUUCUGCACAACGCGCCGGCUGAGCCGGCAAACAAAUCGACACACAUGGAAUUCAUGAACAGAAGACUCAGCCCCCCAGCCCAUCAAGACAAUUGGUCAGUCAGCAUCCAAAAGUCAAGUCAGACGCCGUCCAAAGGCAAAAUGCAAAACUCUCCCCACAUCUCUCCUUUAUCCCCCUCACGCACCCGGCUUGCUGUCCGUAUCAUUCGCCGCACCAGAGGGCGCUCCUUCACCGGCACCAGGCGUAGGUGGCUCAGACAGACGCAGACGCUUCACACGAGCACUGCAUUGAGGACACCAGACACGCACAUAGAGGGAACAAUAUGAGUGCAGUCUGGAUGGAUGGAUAUGUGUGUUGUGUGUCGUCGUACUGACCCAUUUUCGUCAUGGUCGGUCUGUGUGGUCGCGAAGGGCUCCCUCGUGUCCUUGGGAGCAUCAGAUGAGUCCACCUUGACAGGCGAGCUAACGUCGACGUCGUCACUCUGACCGAUCUCGCGAGUGCCCGGCACGCACACCUUGUCGAAGAACUGCUGCACAACUGUCAGCACCUCACUGCGAUGGCUCUCGGGGUCGACCUUGCUGCCUGUCAGAUCUGAUCAGACACGCAAAGAUGCAGCACGUCAGAGUGUGUGUAUCAACAGCUGCGCGGUGGCGUCUUGCAGUGACUCACACACCUGCCUGGACGCCGAUCAGAAACAGCUUGCCGCUAAUCAUCAUGGGCGACAUGUGGAGUAGGUUCCAGAAGGUGGUGCCGUCCGACCGUUUGUUCCACACCUUGGUGACCAGGUCCUCCACCUUGAGCUUGUCCUCUGACGCCUUGACCUCGUUGAUCCACCGCCGGAUCCGCUGAAUCGUUGGCCGAUCUGUGUCCUCACACUGCAUGACUGAACACAACACACCCACAAGGGCAGGCGAACCAAUGCACAGAGGUCUCGCUGGGCUGUGUGCUCGUGUUUGUCCUACAGCGGCAGUUUCUUCCGAGAAUGUCGGCCAUGGGGAAACCAAAGAGCGAAGCCACGCCCUGGCUGGCAGCGACGAUGGGCUCGUCAGGCAGCGAAGGGUCACACACCACGGUCGAAAACUGCAGCCCGCUGACGCCGCCACUGGCGUCUUGCAGGACCGAUCUGACGUCCACGGCGUCAUCCUUGAGCGUGUUCUUCAUCUUGCGCUCGGAAAUCCUGGCAAGCGCAUCAAUUCUCCUCGCCACCUCACCAUCUUCGACCACCUUGACCAUUUCAUCGCGCAGCGCCGUCGGGUCUGCACACCCGCCACAGCCACAGAGGAAUAUGUGACAGAUAUAUGUGUCCGAGAAAUCCGAAUGACUCCACCUCCGAUUUGCCUGACGUCGAACUCAUCAGCUUGGAGCCGGACUCGCUUACGCGACUGCCGCUUGAAGCCACUCAUGCUCGCACACCCUUCCUGCAUCUUUUUUUCUGCAACA